AUGCAACAUCCCGCACUGCCAGACAUUUUUUUCAAGAAAGUCAACUUUUCCGAAACACCACCACCACCAGGACCAGUAAAUUUUGAUGAACUUGGAGACUACAGUGAACUCACACCAGAAAUUGUUGAUCCCGUCAUUGAAUCAGAAAUUCAAAGGCUCAGCAAUAAAUAUUUCACCCAAGAAGAAAAAUUCAUAGACAUAAAUCUACGAGAAAAUCCAAUAAUUUGGUAUAAUCGAACAUCAACUACAACACCAGAUAGUCCCAAACCAAGUACUUCGAAAGCAGCUAAAUUAGAACAAUUGUCAAAUUGUACUCGAUGUAAAAUGCUUUGCAAGAUCAAAAAAGCUAAAUUUAAACUUCGUUAUAAAUUUAUUACAUUGAAAUUGGAAAAAAAUGCUGCAACAUUACAAAAUUUACGAAAUUGUAUAGCAAGUGCUGAAGCGAGUUUGAGAAGGAAAGGACGAAGUGAAAACGAAAUAAGGAGACUGCGAGAAGCAAUGGGAAUUGAUCGAGUCAGAGUUGAAAAUCUUCCAGAAAUCAAUAGACAAUUUUUCAGAGCUGCUGAAAAAGCUAAAGAAUAA